AUCACGUGACAUAAAUGUCACAUGACCAUCCUGUUAUCAUUUAGAGUUUGGAGUGACUUCUGAUUGUUCCACACUAAUAGUUCGAACUUUGGUUUGCGCGUUUGUUUGUCGUACUUGACUUUCAAGACAAGAUCAGCAAGAUGUCAUUGAAAGGUAGUCUUUUAGAUAUACUAAUUAUUAUUUAGGCAGGGCAAACUAGCCCUGGGGCAUUUGGGGUGGUAAGCACUGUCGCCACUGGCACUGACAGUACACUAUCAGUUAUCAGUAUCAGUACAGGCUCAGCUCAGACUCAAACUCAAGUCACUCAAGUUACUAUAAAAAAAUAAGUAAGGUAGUACUCCACUACGUAUGUCGUGGUACAUAUUACAUACUGAACUGCAACGGCUACAUUAGGUUACAUUGUGUCUUGUGUCCCUAAUUAUAACGAACAUAAUGAGAUAAUGCGGAAGUUCGCCCAAAAGUAUGACUGGUGUAGCAAACCAUGACUUAUCAUACUUAUACUUAUAGUUAUAGCAAAUCGCGCCAGCGUUGGCCUUCACAAAAAAUGUUUUAAAAAAAUUGAAAUGGUGAGUGGUGAGCGUGUACAAACGGCUAUGGCGUCCUCUGCUGCUGCUCACAAUUCUGAACAAUUCUGUAAGGGAACAGGAGUUAGUCAGAGUCUGAGGCAUUCUUAUUUGUUUUUUGUUAUGUGUUUGUGUUGUUUUUGAGUGUGGUUAUACUUUCUGCUUGUUGGUAUGUUUAAAUUGUGCUGUGUCAGUUUUGUUCACAUUUGUUUGGAUAAGUGAAGUGGGUCAACUAUUUUACACUGUGAUUAGUUUUUCUUUGUUUUGGAUUGUCAGGUAAUAGUUAAUAGAGAUAUCCUUGACAAGCCAUUGUUAUUGUAUAAAGUAUCAUGUAGUUAUAAAACUUUUUCAAACUCUUUUACAAUUUUGUUUGCCUCUAAAUUUCCACAAUGGGACUUUUAGAAAUCUGGAUCUCCUUCAAUAACUCCCCAUAUAACAAACGCUGUUCCAGAGCAGCUUAGGUUCAUUAUGCUCGGACCCAAUGUAGUCAUGUUCAGUGAUAGUAAAAAAUAUUAUUAUUAAUUACUGUAUAGAUGAAAUUUAAAAAUAUACGUUUUUUUCACAGAGUACACAUUCACAGAUUCUUUUGAGGUAACUAACCAGGUGAAAAGCGACUUUGAUGAAGCUGGCUACAUAAUUGUUAGGUAAUUGUUACCCAUUAAUGUCACAAAGUUGUUAGCCUAGCUUUAAAAGCUUUUAUUCCUUAGUGUCACAAGCUCCUUAAUGCUCUGUUGACUCUAUCUAACCACCAUUUCUUGUACCAAAUGAAACACAAUAAAAAAGACAAAUAAAAAAUUCUUGAUCAUUAUCAUAAAAUGCUAAAGAUAAUUUAAUGUUCAUAUUUAAAUAAAACCUUAUAUCAUUAUUCUAGUUUGAUAAAUUUAAAUACAGUCAAUGUUAAUCCUUGUAUGAAUAUAUGCAAACAUUAAACCGCGUUAUAAUGGAGUCCUGGGUGCAGCUGAUUUCUUUCUCUCUAUCCUUUUGGUAUGCCCUACUGUGAACCUAUUGUCUAUGUCACCAGUCACUCAUCACUGCUUGUUGUCGUGGGGUUUUGAUGUCCAUCCACUGUCCACAUGGUCUAACAUUAAAAUUUGUAAGGAAAGAACACUACUAAAACUGCUGAAAUGCAUGAGAAACCAUUUACACUAAGUAGUACUAUUAAGAAGUCCUAUACCUAUACUUUUCAAAAUGGCUCAUCCAGGAGAUCUUGAUAUAUAUCUGUUAUCUCUACAACCUCAAACACUCAACCUCCCUGCACAGCUUCUACAAUUUGAACUCUGUGUUUACACUUACCUAUGUUUCUGGAAAUCUCUGGCUUUAUGUGCUCUUUGUCUCAGUCUAUAGAGAAAGACUUGCAAAGUAAUGUACAGGGACAGUUAGUCAGUGAUCAAUGAAUGUACUAAAUUUCAUGUGUCCCACAACAACUUCCCAACCUUAACACUUGAAAGCAUUUCAAGAUAUCUUCAAUGAAAAUAUCAUUGUGGCAGAUAGAUAAUUAUAGAUCAUUUAAAAACAUGCUGAUAUUAAUGUAAAGUACAUUGUUUGUAAAAAAAAAAAAAUAAGAACCUUUUUCAUUAAGCAAUUAUCUAGAGCUGUGUAAUAUUUUUUUUAUGGGUAGUUGUCAUUGGGAUUGAAAAUGCCUUAAGUUAAAGGAUAGAAUAUUGAACAGAAAUAGUUUUGUGAAAUACCGGUAUGAAAUGGAAGCAGUGGCGUAGCGAGGCAGGUGCGGGGGUGCGGACCGCACCGGGUGACUCCAACCCUAGCUAUGUCACUGAAUGGAAGUGAGAGAAAUCAUGACAAAGUAUGUAUGACUGUAAGCUAUAAAAGUGUAUGCAUGAAUCUAUAAAUAUUCCUCAUAUAAGGUUUGUAUAUUUUGAUAUUAUUAGUCUAAUAUUUGCAAUCACAGAGGCCUCCUUGAUAAAGAUGAGUUGCUCAAAGUGAAAGAAGCUCUUGAAAGUACUGAUGCCCUAAUGAAACAUUCAUUUCAGGUACAAGCUAUGACACAUUUACUCUUCUACAGUUGGAAUAUUUUCCUAAAAUUUGAAGAAGAUAUACCAACCAUAUGUGAAAUGGUUUAAUUUAUUUAAUUAUCAUGAUAGUUGAAUUCUUAUAAUAGCGAUCAAAUAAAUUUGAAAAAUAAAAUUUAAUGUUUAUUUUAUGUGACCACAAUGAUUCAUAUUAUUAGCUCCAUUCUGUGUUUACAAUAACUUUAAAUUCACCUAAAAACUGCAAUAUAUAAAAAAUAGUGGUUCUCUUUGCGGUGAUAACUAAUUACUUUCCAGUUGAUAUUAAUAGAUACAUUCUAAACAUUGAUUGAAGUGUGAGUACUUUUUUAAUCCUGCAUUUAGGUCAAUGACAGUGAAGGUCGCAAGAGUCGACUAUGUUUGUGGAGUCAUCCAGGAAAGGAUGUGACAGGAAUGGUUGGGCGGUGUGAAAAGGUUGCAGGAACUUCAGAGAAAGUAGGUUUCUAUAAAAAUGCAACAGCCUUGGUUUGGGGGUGGGGGGGGGUUAUUUUUGAAGAUCUUAUGAAUAAUUCCUGUUAUAGCUCUUGUGUUAUAUGUGUUAGAAAGUAGUACAUUAUGAAGAGCAGUAUUUUUAAACUUUAGAAAAUAUUAGUGCAUUUAGCAGAACAGUGUUUCAGAAGCCGAAAAGUAUCUCUGCUAAUUUUUGGUAAAUUAAUUUUAAUCAUUAAUUCAUUAACAUCCUCCACCCCAAAUUUUUUGGUGUUGAUGACGAACAGCUUCUGGGAGGAGAAGUUUAUCACUAUCAUACCAAGCUAAUGAUGAAAGAACCUUUUACUGGCGGGGAGCAUGUCUGGCAUCAAGAUUAUGGGUACGUUUUCUUAAGUGCCUGUAUACAUUUUACAAGGCAUUUUCUCAGAAUGUUGUAUUAGAUUUUAAAAUAAAUAAAUUCAAUACUUUCCUUCCAAUUUAUUGCUUGUUAACUUCUGCCAAACUGUCAAAUUACCGGUACUGUCAAAAUGUCAAGUGUACUAGUAAUUGUACUGUCAAGAAUUUUUGUUAAUGGUAAAGCAGUAAGGUAUACUGUUAAAUAGGGAAAAUGAUUAUCAAACAGAGAUGAUUUUUAUUUUCCCACCCUUAAUAGCUUCAAGAUUAUUUCCAGUCACCUAUUACUUUGUCCUUGAAAUUUUAAUGAGAUUUCCCAGACCAUUUCUUUAUCUUUAUUUCUUUUAAAUUUAAGAAUACUAUUAUACCAUUAUCUAUUUGGGUCAGAAAUCGCUCAAACUAAUGGUCACAAAGAUAAGCUUAAAGGCAAUUAUUAACAUCUGAUCUGCCAAGGUUGAGAGUACCUCUUGCUAUUAGAGAGCCAGAGAUUAUGCUAAAUUUACUUGGGGCAGAGAUUUCAUAAAGACCAUCAAAAAUAGCAGUCUUUUCCCGCCCUCUUUAAUUAUGUUUUGUUUGACUUACACUCGGUCAGGUUAAUGUUAUCUACUUCAGGUACUGGUACAAAAAUGGUUGCCUGUUUCCUGAUAUGUUGACAGUUUUCAUUGCAAUAGAUAAGUGCUGGAAGGAAAAUGGAUGUCUUCAGGUAUGGUUAGGAACCGGGAGGGGGGGGGGGGCUUUUUUUGCACUGAAUGAAGGAAGUAUGGUGACUUGUUUGUACUUGUUUUGUGAACUGUGGUGGCAUAUUUGUAUUUGUUUUAUGAAGUGUUGUGGCUUAUUUGAACUGGUUUUAUGAAGUAUGGUGGCUUAUUAAAAAUGGUUUUAUGAAGUGUGGUGGUUUAUUUGAAUUGAUUGAAGGAAGUGCUGUGGCUGCUCUGUACCAAUUGAUGAAAGUAUUAUUGCUUAUUAUUUCCAAUUGAAGAAAAUGUAGUGGCUUCCUUGUACUGAUUAAAGAAAGUGUAGUGGCUUCCGUGUACUGAUUGAAGAAAGUGUAGUAGCCAAAUUGUACUUAUGGAAAGGAAAUGUGGUGGCAUUUUUUAACUGGUAAAGGAUGGGUUACCGUUAAAAGAGGUUGGUUUGAUUAUUUUAUGUUUCUUAGUGGCAGUGAUCUGAUUGCUUUGUACCUUUUAAAUGAUGUGUUGCAAUCAAUUUGAAGUUGAUAAAUGAAUAAUUGUAUUUUUUGUUUGUUUUAUUUGUUUUGAAGACCUGUAGUUUUGAUAAAAUUAUUACAUUUGUUACUGUUGAGUUGUUAUACAUUGCUGUAUUGUGUAAAUAUUUUAUUCAAGUACUCAGUAGUUCCAUAUGAAAAGUGACCUUUUCUUGUCUUCUACAGAUCCUUGAAGGCUCUCACAAGUGUGGCCGUGUUGAACAUGUCAUGGUUGGAGGUCAGACAGGGGCAGAUCUUGAAAGAGUUGCCCAGAUUCAGAAAGUUUUGCCUUUAAAGUUUGUGGAGCUUGAACCAGGUGAACUAUAUUAAAAAAAAUUAUUGUCCUUUGAAUAGCAGCCAAUUAUGUCCUACCAUAAGAUUUGAUUUAAUUGUUGUAAAACUUGUUGGAAAAUGACAAAAUACUAAAUGUUGAUUACAAUUUUUAUGCUGUCUAGUAGUGCUCCAUGUUGUUCUAUUCUAAAACAAAUAAAACGUUGAACUAACCUUGAUGGUUGCCUCUACUUAUUUGAUUAUCUUCCUUGUGAAGUAAAUUAGCAAUUUGAUAUAUUCAACAAAACUCUCAUCUUAAAACAAUAUUUUGGACUCAAAUGAGUUAUUUCCCUUUAAUGUACAAUUUUUAAAAAAACUGGCUUUUACUUAUAGAAAAUUAAGUGGGGAAACAAAUAAUUUAUGAUUAAAUAUUCCCUCCUUUUUUAACAUCAAGGACAUUAUUAUGACAAAGUCUUUUAACUUUAAAAUUAUUUUGUCAAAAUAAACUUUAAAAAUAAUUCUUUCAUAAUGAUAAUUUUAAGUUUUAGUAAAAAUGCAUAGUUUAUAUUCAAGAUAUGUAAAGAACUUUGAGUUUUAUUAUUUACAAGACAAUGUAUGUAAGAUUUUGUAAAUUUGACAUCAACAGGUGAUGCUCUGUUCUUUCACUCUAACUUGCUUCACAACAGUGCCCAAAAUCAGAGCCCUCAUCGACGCUGGGCUUUCCUUUGUGCCUAUAACAAAGCCUCCAACAACCCAGUCUAUGAACAUCAUCACCCACAGUACACUCCCCUUAUUAAGGUUUGUACUCUCGAGUUGACAUUUUUAUCAUGUGUGUCCUGUCCAACGGUGAUGUGCGGCCUUUAUUGUGGAGGCCCCCGUGUCACCAAACUAAACAAGAGUUUAAACUCUUACCACCCCGAAAAAAGUCUCAACCCCUAGGCUGUCCACCCAUUAUAUAGGAUUCAGACUAUCACAGGAGAAUUGUCAAAGUACGCCUUUGAGAAUAGAAUAAUUUUUUAGAUGAUCUGGGACAGUUACUAAAAUCCUCAAAGCCUCAUCAAACUGAUUAGGAACUGAACUUAUGGUGCAUUCUGUAGUGUAAAUGUAAUCGCAGCUUGACCAUAAACUUGACUUAUCCCCAGGUACCCAACUCAGCUAUCAGAGAAUGCACCAACAUCACAGAUAUGUCUGAUAAAGACUUUAUGGACCCCAGCAAGGACAAGACAAUCAUAGCCACUACAAAUGAGAAAUGAAGCAUAUUGUAUUCGCUAAAUAACUGCCAAAGAACUUUUACAAUUAUUUGUCUCCUUUUUUUUUUUUUAUUUAAUGGCCCUAUUUUGUGAAAUUCAUGUUAACUAUGUUUACUAUUUAGCAAUCAGUGGUUUACUAAUUCAGGCUGUGAUGUUUGCAAUUGUUCUAUUAACUUCUAUUUUUUAAAAUGUUAUAGGAUAUGAUAUAUAUUAUAUAUUCACUCUCUAAAGUGCCAUCCGCAAUAGGCUUUAAAUUUACCUGUACUGGUACAUAGAAUUCGUGAUUGUAUUGCAAUAAGAUCUUCUGGAUUACAUUUUUUUCCUAUAAAGACACCAAAUAACGCAUGCUAGAUGAUGAGUGGAAUUAAUUUAAUGUUCUUCUGAUUUAGUCUCAGACAUGCUCUUUAACCAGAGCAAUUUUUUUUUUAUCUGCAUAAUAUUGUAAUUCCAUUGUUUACUUUUACAUAAAUGUGCCAUAUGAGAAGUGAGUCUCCUCCCCAUUAUGUUUUUUUUUACACAGUCAUCAGGAGUCAUUUCGCUUGUCAAAAAUGAUGGACAGGAGUAAAUGUAAUAAUUGUUUUAGUCAUUUUUACUGUUUAGUUUUAACAUUUUUAAAUUCAAUUGUCCAGUCUCAGAUAUUCGUCAGGUAAAAAAAAAAUGGUCUCUUAAAAGUAUCAGUUUUAGUUGAGUUAUCUCUCCCUUUGUGUGCUUGACUAAUCUGUACACAAAUGGCAAUGACCGUCAAGAAAAAACUUAAGUAAAAAAAAAUUUCAACAUUUAAAUUAACUUUGAAAACAUUUACAGUGAUUUUUUAAAAGUUUAUUUAAAGAUAACAUUUACUGAAUGAGAGUUUGUGGUUUUCAAAGAAUUAUAUUUGGUAAUGCAUUGUUUUUGUGUUUUUUUCGUAACUUUCAAGUUUUUCUUGUGUAAUGUUGGCUUUGUAAACCAUUUCAAUUGCUGGAAGGAAAUUUCCUACAUGUUCAGAAUAUUAUUAUAUUGGAUAUAUCAAUUCAUGCUCUUUGUGAGAUCAACAAACAACAUUAAUCAUAAAUGUUGAUUCAGUUACAGAGUGUGUAUAAAUAAUAUAAUUAAUAAAUUGAUUAUAUUUUGCUUAACCAGAAAAUGUUUUCCUUUUUUUAUACCCAUUCUAAUAUCAGUACCCCACCAUCCACCCAAAUAUUCCAAAAAUUGUAUUUUUUGUGCUAGAACCAUGGUAUUUUGAUUGAAUUGAGACAAAUAAUGACUGCAAUAUUUCAUGUACUGAAUAAAUUAACUAUUUGUUCAGAAGUAAAAACAUCUUUUAAUUUUUUUUUUUUUCAAAUAGAAACCAAAGAUUUCUGUUGGUACUUGGUUCAGAAAGCCCUUUGCAAAUAUUUUACUUUAUUGCUUUGAAAAUAGUUCAUUAUUUAUUUUUUUUUUUUGCAGGGCUUCUAAAUUUAAAAAAAAAUGUCUGCCUUUCCCAACCUUCUAAUAACCAAAGAACAUUGAAUUGGUUCAUUCAAUGUGAAGAUAAAUUAGUUAAUUAGCUUUGUGACAGUUGCUUAUUGAGUGUGUUAGAUUAGAAUCUUUCAGUCCACAUGUGAAAUUCUUGUCUGCUUUAUAUAUUGGUGUGGUUGGUGGUUUCGUCACUACAGUUUUACAUUUAUUUAGAUUACAGAAAUGGGGUCUUGAGAACUAUAGCUUUUUUAUUUGUUCUCAGUUUAAGAGUAUGGUAACCAGAACAAGAAAAAAGCUGAAUAAAAAGUACAGUAAGAAUCAGCCAGACUGAGACCUAUGUUGCCUGCUAUAAGUUGCCUGUCAAUUCAAAAUAAGCAGGUCACAUUGGACCUGUCUGAUAUAGGACUCACAGGGGAAAAAUGAUGUCAGUGUCACAUGUUGGUCACUGGGAUGGUCACUUGCUGUGCAUGAGUGACCAAGCAGGAGAUUAGAGCCCAGCACACCACAUGCUUCUUUUAAUUUUGAUGGGUGUGUAGGCUACGUUUAUAACACAGCCUGUGGUUGACCCACAGCCAUCAAGCGUUGUGAGCUACUACUAUUAAGUGGCACAUUGCAACACAUGCUAACUUGAUUAUUAUAGUUUUAUUUUACAAACAGAUGUAAUGGA